ACGAGCAACUGUUUGAUCAACCUGGCAUGCCUGUAUCUGGUCGUCUGUGCAACCACUUUGAAGAUGACAUUAGAAAUAGUUCCAAAGGAAAAGGAGCAGAAUUUCGCCAGUGCUUGCGGUCCACCCAAGUAACGCCACAUUCUGAUAUUCCGAAUAUUUCAAGUAGAGAGUUUGCCCGCACUGCCCCGGAGCUGGACGUGGGAUUGUGGGACGCAGACCACUGGGAAAGGGCAGAGGACGCGCAGGUGAGGACGCGUGCCCGGCUUGUUUACGUCACCAAGGAACAACCCCACGCCGUGGUUCGGCAGGAGGAUAUUACCAGCCCCUCGGUACAGUCACCCAGGGUCCCUGACCUGAGCGGCUUCCUGCUAAUCUUCUUCCCUGCCUGGCACGACGGCAGCGUUUGGUCGCUUGUCUCCUCCUGGGGCACACGCCUCUCGAUCGCCUUCUCACAGGACACCCGGAGGCCCCCAACCCGGGGCUUCCAUCCCAGGUCUUCCUGCCCUGGCCUCGCUUCCAGCUGCCUCACAACGAUUCCUCGGAAACUCCCUGAGCGAACAUCAAUUCACCGUGCAACUGCUCCCGCUCAGGCGUCUCGGUUCUGCUGGAAACAUGUGCUUUAUUACUCCUCGGCCUGCCCGUCCCACACCGCGGGUUCGCGCUGGCAGCCCUGUUGAGCCCAGUGGCAUGAUUCACUCCCGUUUGUUUAAUUAGUUAAAUCAAAUUAAAAUGUGUUCGAG